AAACAUGGAUAGCAAGAAGGGGUACAAGCUUCACUCAAUCAUCGAAAAAUUGUCGGAACAAUGUGUUCGCGCCGACGAUGAGAGUGCGCCUUCGCAACAUGAAGUAGUGAGUCAAAUUCCGAGUUGCAAAUCCAGGGAGAAUGAGACAAGCAGUAUAAAUGAGGAUAUUGUCGUCGUACAGGCCCAACCGCCACGCCAAAAAACAUUUGCAAGAACAAAAUUUGGGAAGUUUAAAAAAGUGACCAAGAGAAAGCCACCUCAGAGAAAACCAAAACGAUCCUACAAUACCAGCASAAAGAUGAUUCAAGCUGCAUUGCCUUUAGCAUUACAAACAAACACAGGCCCAUCUCUCAGAAAAUCCGUUAGAGGUAUUCUCCAUAAGAAAUUGCUACAAAAACCAAGUCAAGUCUGUCAACCUAUAGAUGAAGAUUUGUGUAUUGACGUAACUGCAUUGAUGAGCAUCACUCCACAAGUUAAAGACAUUGACAAUGAUCAUAACUACAGUUGUAGACCAGCACAGGCUAAAGGGGGGAAUUGCCGUUUGUGUCAGAGACCAGUGAAAAAUAAAAAGGACUUUUUGAAACACUUUAAGAAGUUUCAUCCAGAAUGCAUUAAAAAGCCGAAGAAAAAAGCAGAUCCCCAACCUGAACCACAAGAAGAGCAAGAAUUGCCUGAGGAGGAUGAAGGGGAGGAAAAUGAAAUUGACCAUGAUGCAUCAAGCUCUGAUGAUUCUGACUAUGACCCUACUGUAGACCCUGACAUGUCAGAAGCCCAGGAUGCUGUCCUGACCCAAAGAAGAAGCCAACGUCUAGCUAAGAGACAGGAGGAACAAGAAGAGAAAGUUACUACUAUUAAGCUGGCUUUGAAUAAAUUACCCCUCACAAAGAGAUUCUUUUGUCAGGUCUGCCUAGAAARGUUUUACUUCAAAAUACAGCUAACAUGUCAUUUAAGUGAAGAACACAACAUCACAGAACUUUCGCCAGAUGAGACUCUCUACUGUGAACAUUGCAGCAAGAAGUACCCGUCAAAAGAAAGACUUAUCAACCACAUCAAGAAAGUUGUCCGUAAAAUUAAAAAAAUUAGUUGUGAUGAUGAGUUGCGUGAUCUAGUAUUAAACCAUGAAGAUGAAUGUGAUCAAAUUCUAAAAGCAGGCAAAAAACUGCUUCAAAGAUUCCCGUGUGAUAAGUGUGACAARAAAUUUGUGUACAAAGGAAGUCUCAACAAGCACAUGGCAACACACUCUGAGGAUCGACCAUUUGGCUGCAAACAGUGUGGGAAGGGCUUCAAAGACARGGAGUACUUAAGGCGUCAUAUGCAAACACACACUGGAGAGAAGAAAUAUAAAUGUGACAUUUGUGAUAGAAAGCUUGCUCAUAAAGGUAGUCUUCGAAGCCACAGAAUGAUUCACACAGGUGAACGUCCAUUCAAGUGCCAGUACUGUGAUGYAGGGUUUAUCAGUAGAUAUCAAUGUACUGAGCAUGAGCAAAUAAAACAUCUUGGACGUGCACCUCAUAAGUGUGAUUUAUGUACUAAGACCUUUACCAAAGCAAAUCAUCUGAGGACACACCUGAUCUCUCACUCAAAUGAGAAACCACAUUCAUGUGAGGUAGGAACGGGUGAGGAGAAAUCGUCAUUAAGACAGGGAUCCCAGAUGGAUUUAAGAGCGAAGCAGGUUCAACCAUCAGCAAAAAAGCAAAAAUCUUCAMCUGACAAGAAAAACAGCAAGCCCAAGACAACCAAAGAUGAUCAAAAUGACACUAGUACAAGCACUGUUAAAGAUGUGGAAGUUCCAGAUAAAAUCYCAUUAAAUGAACCAUUGUUAGAGCAACCAGGGGUUAUUGCUUCUCCAGUAGUGCAAGAAGCUGYGGAAACCAGCCAAACAAUUAAUGCUGGAAAGCAGCCASAAGACAGUACAGCACAAAAAAUUCCUAAGCGAAGUAGACACACAGUUACAGAGAGACAAUCAUCAGGCAGUAAGAAACCUCGUAGUUCAUCUGGUAUUAAAACAAGGUUAAACCACAGURUUCCUUCAGAGGUAACAGCAAGUACUGGAUUAAGCACUACCUCAAUACCACCACUAUUAGAGAGAUCCCAUCAUAGCRCAAACAGCAUGGCAGCAAGCCACAAAGACACUAAUCUAAAUUUUGACAGGCUUGACUUUGGUUUUCAAGCUCCAGGGCAUAUUKCCAGUGGGUCUUCACCUGGCACAUUCAGUAUCCCAAUGCAGAGACUACUUGAGUCUUCUUAUAUGUCAAACAUGCCUCAGACCUUUGUACCAUUCAGCUGUGCCACUCCUGAUGCUGCAAGUGUUGUUUUUGAGUCUGGUGGACUUGAUAUCUAUCAGGGGACUGGUAAUCAUGAUAACAUGAGAGCAUUGAGUCAUGAUAGUGCCGCUGCUGAUCUUAGCAGYGCCUUGCUUGCAGCAAUGGAUCCUGAUCAUAUCAAUAAUAUGGUGAACCCAGCAUCUUUCUUCCCGCAAACAUAG